GGGAGGGGAGGGAGGGGAACGCGGACCGGGACGGGGGCGCGGCCGCCCUGCUGACCGGGCAUUGGCAAGUGAGCGCCUUUGAACGUGCUUUCCAGGGGUAAACAAGAUAAGUGAAAAAACUGAAAUACGUGUUUUAACCUGCUGUCAUAACUGCCUUUGAUGAAGCAAUUACUGUUUUUAUAGCAAAUGGAGUAGUUCCCUUUUUAAUUUUCUAGACCACACUAAAGCUGCUGCACGUUGUUAUUGUGGUGAAAAGGUAGGGAUAACACCUGAAUUGUAGACAGGAUAAGUAAGUAAUUAAAAACAAACUAUGGUGAGCAAUAUUGAAUGUAAAAUCCAUCAAAUCUGAGUAUCAGAGGGCAUAAAAUUAUAGUUCUUUGAAGAUCAUUCAAGACCAAUCUUAUUUAAUAGAGGUCUUGAUGUAGCAUUUAAAACUUUACUGUCUUAAUUUGAUAGUGAUGGGGAGUUGGGAGGCACUGACAGUAAGGAAGAGGUUUAUAGUACUACAUAGAAAGAAUUGGGUGAUCCUGAGAACUAAGGUAUGAAAUAAGUUUAAUAACAAUUUAAAAAAUGAGGGUUUAGAGUUGUAACAAAGUUGCAAGCAAAAAAUUUGUAGAAGAAAUUCUUACCAGUUGAAAGCAACACAAAACCAAAGAAUGUUAGGUAGGUACAAGAUAAUGAAUUGCAGAAAAAUAAAUGCUUACUACAGUGAUCCAGUUAAAAGAGUUACUAUUAUCUAUGAAAAGAACUCUAGAAUUCUUUGUAUAAUGUUAAUAAUUCUCAGCAAAAGAACUGGAACUGAAACAGAAGAUAUGCCGAGGUCAAGUAGGGAAAUUAAGAGUCUGUUGGAAGAACAUUUGGCUUUUUUUAAUUUUGCAGAAUAAUUGUAAUUUUGCUUUCUGUUUAACCAGCAAGGUAAACACUAUGAGGGAAAUAAAUUGAGUAAAGGAUCAUGUUAAUACCUGAAUAAUUUAACAUAGAUUUUAAGAUUAAUAAUAUAUGAAAAUUUCUAACCAUGAUAUUCAGGACCAGCCUUCCAAAAGGUCAAGGAAGAGCAAAAACUGAACACUUACUAGAUAGAAUGUAACUGGUUUGUAAAAAUAAUGUUUUUGUUUGCUGCAGCAGAGGCCUAAGUUUAGUGUUACCUGUAGACUAUAGAUCAGUUUUUCUUUUUUGCUUGUUUGUGAAAUAGGUUAUUAGCAAGAACUUGUUGAAUUAUUUUUUAGAAGAAAAAUAUUUAUAGUAAUGUUUGCAGUCUGAAUAGUAGAGUUGGUGACAAUCAGGAAAUGACAAUGGCUAAUUGCUGGCUUUUUUGUGUCAAAGAAAAGUUGUGACGAGUAAGCUGAAAUGAGGUGGAGGUUGAACUGUAGUAUGUGCAUCUGCUGUCUUCUUACCAGAGCAGUGUGAGUUUGCCUCUGCAAGAGUGGACUCUAAAAUUCAGGUCUGAUCUGCAAUCAGUGACACAGAAAUUUCCUCUCUUCAGGUUUUGGUGUCCUUCAGCUAAAGUUGUCUCAUCAGCAAGAGCAAGGGAUUUGAAGCAGUGCUUUAAGUUAAUUGUGUCAUCUCACCUCACGUUCUUUUGAACUUAAUGUUUGAGCACGUGACCUUGAAGUCCUCGUCUGCAGUUCAAGACCUGAGGUACUUGAUUGUCCAAGGAGUGAACUACUACUAGAAGUUUUUCUAGGGAUUUGGGCUGGUCACCUCCUCCUGAGAGAGUCAGAGCAAUGUCCUACGUGUUUGUGAACGACUCCUCCCAGACCAAUGUGCCGCUGCUGCAGGCUUGUAUUGAUGGAGAUUUCAACUACUCCAAACGGCUCCUGGAGAGUGGCUUUGACCCAAACAUCCGUGACAGCCGAGGCCGAACUGGCCUUCACCUGGCUGCAGCCAGAGGAAAUGUAGACAUCUGUCAGCUCUUGCAUAAAUUUGGUGCUGACCUGCUAGCCACUGAUUACCAGGGUAACACAGCCCUCCACCUGUGUGGGCAUGUUGAUACCAUCCAGUUCCUAGUUUCUAAUGGACUUAAAAUUGAUAUUUGCAACCACCAAGGUGCAACACCGCUUGUUCUUGCCAAACGAAGGGGUGUGAAUAAAGAUGUGAUUAGACUGCUGGAAUCUUUAGAGGAGCAGGAGGUGAAAGGAUUUAACAGAGGAGCUCACUCAAAGCUGGAGACUAUGCAGACAGCUGAAAGUGAAAGUGCAAUGGAAAGCCAUUCCCUUCUUAACCCAAACCUCCAGCAAGGUGAAGGAGUUCUUUCCAGUUUCCGCACAACGUGGCAGGAGUUUGUGGAAGACCUGGGCUUCUGGAGGGUGCUGCUCCUCAUCAUUGUCAUCGCUCUCCUGUCCCUUGGGAUAGCAUAUUAUGUUAGUGGGGUGCUUCCUUUUGUAGAAAACCAGCCUGAACUGGUGCACUGAAGCAAAUGCAAAGUACAGAAGUCGAUUUUCCUGUUCUAAUCUAAUCUUACUUUGAGCUUGGAAUUAUUUGCUUGGUGCAGACAGUGGCAGCUGUAUAUACUGUUUGCCUUUUGUACUUACUAUUUACCCCUCUGAAAGAGGGAUUAAUUAAUUUCAAGUAAAACACUGAUGUCUAGAGCAUUCCUAAGAUACCUCUGACUUACCUUGACUUGCAAGCAAGAUGUGAAGAUAGCCCUCUCUGAUAAAAUAUUGUGAUUAGAAAAGGCCUUUCAUUAUGUUAUUAAAUUCCUGCAUAUGAAAAAUAUAUCCUAGUACAGAACCACAUUUGGUUUAUUUUUUCUAUGUAGAGAGGUAAAUCUAUGGUUGGAUUUUUUUGUAAAUGCUUCAGUUGAAAGAAAAAUACUCUUAGAAGUCCUCCUCAAGAAAUCUCAAUAAUGUAAUAACACUUUCUGAUAUAUAGAUGGUGAUAAACUGCAACUCCAUAGUUAUUUUAAUGCCUCUCCAUAGUUUCUUAUCUGCUAGUUUAUAAAAAGAAUGAGAAAUAGUUCAAGUUUUACUAUGUCUCUGUUGUAUAGAUCACUCCCUUAUUUAUUAGGUUAAUGUAGUGUGUCUUCCCAGACGAAUUUAAUGUUCUUAAUAGCUGCCUGAAGUAAAAUUUGUAGAAUAAAACUGUUUGUUGUGCUUUAGAAGAAGACUUGGGCUGAAAAUGUUGCAUUUUUGUUGAAAUGUUGCUAAGCAAACUUUCUUUGUAAGGGUAAUUAAAAAGUGAUUUAGGUGUUCUGCCAUGUAUAUAAUAAUUCUUUAAGGUCAUUGUGAAAUAUAUCAUGAAGGAUAACUUUUUCAUCCCCCCAUAAGGGUCAGACUGAACCAUGUGAUUGUGUUUUCAUGUUUGUGGAGAGAACUUAAUUGAAUAGAAUUCCUUUCUAGAAUUGUUUUCCAUUUCACUUGCUUGCAGACAGAACGUACAGGCUUAUGAAUUAUUUUCUGAGUAUACAGAAUAAAGGUGUUUAAAAUACUAAUACUUAGAAUCAUUGUAUGAAAUUAAAUCUUGAUCUAUUCUGUGUUUCUAUACCUAUUUUGCUUCCCAUUUUGCUGUGAAACCCUUUGUUGUAAACAACCUAGGGAUACGAAUCCAUUAGAUACUUCUUUAUGAAGGCUGGAAAGGUAUUGCAUAGUAAGUGGGAGAUUGUCAAACAAAGUGGAUUCUUUCUCCCCAUGCUGAUGAGACAUCUAGUUCUCUUUUGCCAUUGCCUUGCAAAUCCCAAACAAAAUUAAUUCUGUCAGCCUAAGGAAUCAAUAUUUUUUUUUUUUAAUUAGCCACUCCUCAGUUGUUGCUAAAUAACAUAAAACAUUUAUUGUACAUUAAAAUAUAACCUACAUGGUUCUGUUCUGGUACAAUGUAUAUUUUUCUUUCUUGUUUAUUGGUUUGAAUGAAGGGGGUGGUUGUCUUUGUUUUGAUGUGUGAUAUGGGUUUCGCUGGAGCUGGGCCCCAUUCUAAAUUGCAUCUAAAUAAAUCUUAAUCUCAGUUCUUAAGUUUUAAUGACUUUAUUGAAGUCAUUAAAGACUUUAAUGACACAAUAGUUUUUUAACAGCACAAUGCUGCAGAAAAGAAAACAUCUUAAAAAAACCAAAAAAUGAGACCAUAUCCCUCUUCUGAGUAUUUUACUUGUAGUACCAUUGUUCACAAAAAUAAACUCAUCAUAUACCUAAACUACAUUUACUUGUCUAAAUAAGUACAUUUGUGUUAAUAAUACCAUGCAUCUUGAUUAAUGACAUUGUCUUUCAGUAUGUAUAAUAUGCAUAAUUUGUAUUGUAUUCUCACUAUGGGUGAAUGCCACAAAUAAAUACAUGUAGUAAAUA